AAAGUCUUUGGGAACGCCUUUCUUUUCAGCGAGGACGCUCUUCCUGUUUUUUUGGUGGUUCCUUGAGCGCAGCUAUGGCGGGAGGAGCGUUGCUCUCUUCGCAAGGCGGUAGAUCUGAUCAGUACCAAGGACGAACAACGAUCUAUGUGGUGCUCGCCUGCGUCGUCGCCGCUAGCGGUGGUCUCAUCUUCGGCUAUGACAUCGGAAUCUCCGGGGGUGUUACAUCCAUGGACGAUUUCCUGGAGAAAUUCUUCCCCGUGGUCUAUCGCAACAAGCAAAAGCCGGUGAGCGGCAAUGCUCACUACUGCAAGUAUGACAACCAGGGGCUCACCACUUUCACGUCCUCGCUCUACCUGGCGGCGCUCAUCGCCUCGUUCGUGGCGGCGUGGGUGACCAAGCGCUAUGGACGAAGACCCUCCAUCUUGCUCGGUGGUCUCAGCUUUCUAGUCGGGGCCGUGCUCACUGGAGCCGCCGAGAACAUCGAGAUGCUCAUCCUCGGGCGAAUCAUGCUGGGUAUUGGAGUUGGAUUUGGAAACCAGGCUGUUCCUCUCUAUCUCUCCGAGCUCGCGCCUGCCAAGAUCCGGGGAGCCAUGAACAUCAUGUUCCAGCUCGCUAUAACAAUAGGAAUCCUCUGCGCCAAUCUCAUCAACUAUGGAACCGCCAAGAUCCAUCCCUGGGGAUGGAGGCUCUCGCUCGCUCUCGCCGGAGUCCCAGCAGUUUUUAUGACUCUGGGAGGAUUCUUCCUCCCGGACACUCCGAACAGCCUGAUUGAGCGCGGGCGCCACGACCGAGGAAGAAAAGUCCUGCGGAAAGUCCGUGGAACCGAGAAGGUGGAUGUCGAGUAUGAAGAUAUCGUGGAGGCAAGCCAGAAAGCCAACAUGGUGAAGCAUCCAUACAAGAAUCUCUUGAUGAGCAAGAACCGGCCGCAGCUCGUCAUGUCGAUCCUGAUCCCCUUCUUCCAGCAGCUGACCGGGAUCAACGUGAUCAUGUUCUACGCGCCGGUGCUGUUCGAGACCAUCGGGUUUGGACACGACGCGUCGCUCUACUCGGCCGUGAUCACCGGCGCUGUCAACCUCGUCUCCACUUUCCUCUCGAUCAUCACUGUGGAUAAGUACGGGCGGAGGCUGCUGCUGCUCGAGGGUGGCGUCCAGAUGUUCUUCUCGCAGAUCGUGAUUGGGAUCGUCUUGGGAGUGAAGUUCUCGUCGAGCAGCAACAUCCCGAAGGGCUGGGCGGCGUUCGUGGUGGUGCUCAUCUGCCUCUACGUCUCGGCCUUCGCGUGGUCGUGGGGUCCUCUCGGCUGGCUCAUCCCCAGCGAGAUCUAUCCCCUGGAGACGCGAUCGGCCGGGCAGAGCAUCACGGUCUCGGUAAACAUGCUCUUCACCUUCGUCAUCGCGCAGGCCUUCCUAAAGAUGCUGUGUACCUUCAAGUUCGGCGUGUUCCUCUUCUUCGCGGGAUGGGUGCUCAUCAUGACCAUCUUCGUCUACUUCUUCGUGCCCGAGACCAAGAACGUCCCGAUCGAGGAGAUGAUGCUGGUGUGGAGGAGCCACUGGUUCUGGAAGAGGAUCGUCCCCGCCGAUGACACCGAGUUCGUCAAGCCCGGCGGCGGCGGCGCCGACCCGGAGGCGCCCGAGAGCCGCCAACACCUCCAAAUGGCCGAGAAGAAUGGCCCCGCCAUGGACUAGCCGCGCCGCCACCCUUGACUUAUCUCCCUCGCUGUGAAUAGCUUAGUUUUGAAUAUCGGUCAAUGCCGGUCUUGUCAAUGUUGCUUUCGCGCUCGCAAAUCUCGAAUAGAAAUAUCUUGUCCGUUGA